AUCCGCGCCCGGCAGAUUUAAACAGCAAACACUGUUUCGGUUUGAGGCCGUGAAGCUAGCUAGGUAGGUCAGACUCACAACAAAGACCUCACCAGUUCGUUUGAAUUCGUCCAGAUCUUCCUGGACGUCCAUCGCUGGAGGGUUUUUAAUGCUCUUGGAUCGCUCAGUUUGUGGCGAAGAAAAUGAGGCUGAGGUCUCGACGCCCGGUUGUCGACCCGCAGAAGAGGAAGAACGACGAGGAGCGCUGCUCCAGAGCCAACAGAAGGUCGCAGCUGACCCGCACUAAAGAGCCCACUCCGAGGAAGAUCAUAACCCUCGCCUGCGAGGUGACGGUUGACGCAUGCAGCCCCGUCGGCGUCGACGCCGGUAGCCCCGAGGUGAUUGAUUCGGUCCGCCGCGAGGGGGUCGAUCCGGUCUGCCCCGGGUCCGACGAUGAGGUUCCCAUGGCCACGAGGCGGCCCCGAGGGAGGAAGCGAGCCAUCGCCGUCGAGGACGUCGGCGCACGAGGCAAAGAGCCGGGCUUCACCACGCCCGUCAGACCGCUCACCCAGCGCUGCCUGUCGCUGAUGAAGCCAGAGCGGAGCCGGCCCCGGAGCUCCGCGUCCGGGAGCUUCUACUCGCCCCUGUCCCGUUUCCUCACGCCCAGCAAAGAGAACAGCAGCAGUCCCAGUGAGGACCGGGACAUCGUGAUGAGUCCAGAGCGCUUCGUGUUCGGCUACGGGGCCAUGGGUCCGCUGGCCGGGGAGGAGGACGCCGAAGACGUCUUCAGCCCCUUCACCUUCAUCAAGAACAUCCCAGCCCGCUCGGAACAGUACAAGCCCAGCCUCCGCGACAUCCCCCCCAAGAUGAGGAGCACGCCCAACGGCACCUUAGUGCUGGACCUGGAUGAGACGCUCCUCUUCAGCUCGCUGAAUGUGAUCGAGAACGCAGACUGUACCUUCAACACCACCUUCCAGGACCACCAGUACAAGGUCUACGUGGUGCUCCGUCCGCACGUCAAGGACUUCCUAAAAGCGAUGGCCAAAGUCUACGAGAUGUUCGUUUACACGUCUGCCAAGAAGGCGUACGCAGAGAAGCUGCUGGACAUUCUGGACCCUCAGAGGAAACUGUUUCGCCAUCGGCUGUACCAGGAGCAUUGCACCUGCGUGAUGGGCCACUACAUCAAGGACCUCAACAUGCUGGAGCGGGACCCCAGCAAGACGGUGAUCCUGGACAACGCUCCCCACACCUACCCCUACCAACUGAUGAACACGGUUCCCAUCAAGAGCUGGAGCGGGGAGCAGGACGACCGCGAGCUGCAGAGGCUGGUCCACUACAUGGAGAAGCUGUCGUCAGCGGUCGACUUCCGGGACGUUCUGAAGAGACGGAAGGACCACAUCCAUCGGCUGUUGUCCGAAGACUGAGGGGGGAGACGACCCCCAGCGUUGUUUGGCUGCGUUACCACGACAACGCGCCCCCCCCCCCCCCCCCCCCCCCCCCCCCCCUCGCACAGAGACGACGCGUCCGCUUGCGUUGCCGUGGCAACGGGUCUCACUCGCCCGGACAGACACGGACCCGGAUCCGCUGUGUUCCCAUGGCAGCAGCUUUCAGAAGACCUCAAACUUGCGGCGUUGCUCACUGUUACCGUGGCGACUCUGUCUGAGGACUUGAGUUCGGGGUCACAUGCUUCACCGUGACACAACACCUACUUCUGUCCCCUCUGCUUACUGCAGUCACUCCUCUCCGCUUGAACCUCGUAAAACCAACAUUAUUCAAUGAUACAAUCACCCGCCUUAUCUGUGCGGUGACUCGGACCAUAACUUGAAAUUGUGCGAUAAUUUGUCACCUGUCAACUGCCGUUUCACGUGCACCCUUUUCCACCAGCUAACAGUGAACCACCAAUGUGUAAAUAAUUAUUCAACCACAACCUUGAAAUACCCUGUUUAAAUUAAUUUGUUGAUUUUGCCGGCAAACUGAAUGCUCUUGUGUAUAAAAUGUACCAUUGUUGUAUACAAAAUAUUAAAAUCCUUGAGAAA